AUGGCCGAGUUCAAAUAUUCUCUUCACCUCUCCUUGAUCUCUUUCAUCCUCCUGGCCGCCAUUGCAGCUCACGUGACCUCGGCACGUGUUCUUCAUAAUCACGCCCACAACAAAUCAUCUCAUAUCAUAUUCUCUCAAAACCUUCUAGGAAGUCGCAAGGGCCACAACAUACAAGGAAUCCACCACGUCAAAACUUACCUCAAACGCUAUGGCUACUUCACCCACACCCAGUCAAACGCCUUUGACGAUCACUUGGAAUCCGCCCUCAAAACAUACCAAAAAUUCUUCAACCUCAACGUGAGUGGAAUUCUGGACAAUGAAACUUUAAGUCUAAUGUCCCAGCCCCGAUGUGCAGUUCCAGAUAUUUUCCACAAUGAGACGAGUACAAGGAAGGGAUGGGGCCACGAGGAGCAUCUCCAUAUGGGUUCUCACUACUUGUUCUUCCCGAGGACCCCAAAAUGGCCCGAGUCCAAAUGCCGUCUGCGCUACUCAUAUUACCACGAUUUCCCAAUGGCGUUCAAGGACCCAGUGAACAAUGCUUUAGAGCUGUGGUCGGCGUACUUGCAGUUCGGGUUCGUGGAAGUCGGGGAGGACGAUUAUUGGGCAGACUUGAAGAUAAGCUUCGAGAUGGGGGAGCAUGGAGAUGGGCAUCCUUUCAUUCCGACGUCGGGAGUUUUGGCACAUGCGUUUGCGCCGCGGGAUGGGAGAUUUCACUUCAACGUGGAGCAGUGCUGGACGGUGGGGGCUCGCCCAAAUUGUCAAGAUGUGAUGUCGGUGGCAGUGCAUGAGAUUGGGCAUCUUCUUGGGCUCGGCCACAGCGGCGCCGAGGAAGCCAUCAUGUGGCCAUGCAUACGCCCCAACGCUGUCAAGGGUUUGUUUCAAGACAAUGUUGCUGGAAUCAAGGCUUUGUAUGGAUUGCCUUAA